AACGGCGACUAAAAAUAACUUUCUCCGGUCAAAAUGUGAGAAAGAAAACAAACGCGCAUGUUUAUGUGAAAAAAAGCUGAUGUUUGUACUUAUAGAUUUAGUUAUGAUUAAGUAAUCACGAUUAUGUGAUUAAAUAUAACAUCAUAACUUUUUUUCUUAUGAUAAUACUUUUUACAUUCAAUAUGAAUGGGUGCUAUAUAUAUAAUAAAAUAGUCAGAAACUUUCGUAAUUGCUAUCGUAACUAUGGUGAAAAUGAAUUGGCUUUAAACCUUAAAAAGCAGUUAUCUCUCUCUGCAAGUAUCCGUGCAUCUGAUAAAAGAAUCUUUACAUUUAAUUCUGUAUUUGAAUUUCAUAGCAGAAAGAAAUUGUGGCAAGAUUUUAAAGUUAACUUUAACGAAAAACUUAUUGUUUUAGGCGAAAUUGUGACAAAACAAUGCAAUUUUGUUGCAUCUCACAGAAUCCGGCGAAUGGGCCAAGUGUGGAAUCUGUACACAAAUUUAUAUACAGAAAAAACAAUCAAUCAUAUAGUUUCUCAAUUUGCGAGGAGUCUGCGGUCUAAAAAACGGCCAUUCACUGUAUUAUUGGGUGCUUCUAUGUUUUGUUGGGAUAAAGAAAAGAUAACCGAUGAAGAAAUUCAAAGAUAUAGGGACGCAGACAGGAAUUUGCUUGAAGAUCUGGCUUUUUUCAGAAAUUGUAAUUCUGCCUGCGUUUGUGAAUUGGAUAGAUAUCGUAGAAGCGAUGAUCAUCCUACCAAACCCAUAUCUGGUGGAGGCCUUGUCAACAAGCUUAUUCAAGAUGGCUGGGAAGCAGUUAUACAAAAAGAAUGUGUACAGGUGUGGAGGAAAGCCUUUCCGAAUUCCUACUUAUAUGAAUAUAAAAUUAUGGGUACAUUUUAUGAUGUUCCAGCUAGAGCUUUUUUUGCUGUUCAAACUGAUAUUGAAUACAGAAAGAAAUGGGAUAAACUGGUUAUAAAACUUGAUGUUAUUGAUAAAGAAGCAAAAGAUGAUGGUUGUGAAGUUAUGCAUUGGGUCAUGCAUUAUCCAUAUCCCAUGUAUAGUAGAGAAUAUGUAUAUAUUCGAAGAGCAGUGGUAAGCUCUGAUACAAAUACAAUGGUUCUAGUCUCAAGAGCAACUGAACAUCCUUCCUGUCCUGUAAAUAACAAAUACGUUAGAGUCACUAAAUAUAGUUCUAGGAUGGUUAUUAGACCUCAUCGGACAUAUGAUGAAAAUGGUUUUGAUUAUGUACUUACUUAUUUUGAUGAUCCUCAAGCAGCUUUUCCAGCACCUGCCUAUAACUGGAUGGCUUCUUCAGGUGUUCCUGACUUCGUAGAGAAAUUACACAAUGCUGCUCGAGAUCUUCAUAUGUACCAGCGAAGAAAUAAUUCUAGUCUGCAGUCAUCACAAUCAAAUAAAAGUUGUUGCACAAGCAAUCUGGAAUACGUGUACAUGUAAUAGUAGCCAGGAGAUGUUGUUAAAACUACAUAGACUACUAACUAAGAAAUAAUAUUUCAAAGAUUUUAAUAGAUUUUUAAUUUAUUUAUCAAUUUUUCUUGUUAUUUUUAUAAAUAUACACUAAUAAAAUUUGAAUGUAGCAUUGCUUAUAGGAAAUCAACUAUUAGAACAUAUUGUUAAAAAUAGCUUAUCUGUAGAAAAAUAGGAUUUAAUCUUUUUAUCAUUCUGUUUAACAGAAUGCAUUUAUAGAUGUAAAAAUUUGUUUAAAAUGUAUUUAGCGAUCAUUCGAAACAUAUUACCUAAAAGUUGAUCGGUGAUGUUAUUCAAGCCAUACUUAUUAAAUACAGAGAUCCACUCAUUAAAUGCAGAUCGUUGUUGCCCUGGUAAUUCCAGAUAGCCCUUUUUUAACAGUAAAAAUGAUGAAAAAGCCGCCUCCUAAUUUGCCUGCUGUUGAGAAAAUUUUAAUAUAUAUGUAUAUACGGUGAAAUUUCCAGGAAAGACCACCACGGUGUAGCGACCUCAUCAAUUUACGACUACUUGUGGGAAGCACAUAAUUUUUUCCAUAGACUUUUUUUUAUUGAAGAAGACCUUUAGGAGAGACCAUCUGAACUUCUCUCAGCGACCGGACAAACCUCUGCACCAAAUGCGGAAAAGGUCAAAUAAGGAAACACGAAAAAUAUCAAAGUAAAAAGUAUUAACGAAACAAAUUAGAUUAAAAUGUGUUCAAAAUAUUUUUGAGAGCUCUUUUUGACGAUCUUUGAAAGAGAUGUUCUGGUUUGUUUCAAUAACCUCUGCUUUUGGGGUAAAACUGGGUACUACCAUGUUCUCUUUCCCUUAAGUCUCUGUUGUCUAUGCAAGCCUCACAAGAACUGCAGUGCAGCAGAAGAAAAAUAUAAUUACAUGCAAGGCUGAACAAAUGUUUUACGAGCCCUAUCCUCUAAGCUCAAAAGACUUAAUUUUCAUAUUCUGUAGAAUGUUUGAUGACCCUUCAUACAAAAUUGUAGUUUUUUAUAUAGAUAUAAAAAAUUCUCAUUCAUUUUCUUUUGGAGAAAAAAAAAUUAAGACUGUAUUUUUUGUAAAGAGCUUUGGUUGGUGCCUUAGCCAUCUCAGGACAAUUGCCCCUCUCUUUUCCCCGUCCCGCCCUUGAGUGCAGCCUGGACUACACCUCAUGUUAACUACAUGCAUAUUUUUUUUUUUUAAAUUUUUGUAUAAAAUAGAAAUGUCUGCUACUUUUUCACUGAAAUUCUAGUAUUCCUAAAUUCUACAUAGAGUUAACAUGUGUACACAGUUUUACCCCUCUAGUGGAUGUUUUGACUUUUUCUUUAAAAGAAUCCUUUAUAAGAAAAGGAAUACAUCUAUGACUUUUUUAAGAAUGAUGUAUUGUAUGCUACUGAACAAUGAAAAUCUUGCUUAAAUCAGACAAUUUCUAAGCUGAACAGUCUAGCUCUAACAGGCCCUCAAAUUUUUGCUACCUGCUUUAACCCAUCUUCCCCUAUGUAUGUAUGUAUAUAUAUAUAUAUAUAUAUAUAUUAGAAAUUGAUAGCUAAUGUAAGCAAAUCAGAAUUUUUCAAAUAUUAGUAUAAAUUUUUAUUUUAUUUUGAAGCACGUUUUUGAUUUAUCAAGACAAAAGUAAAUCUCCUGUAAAUUGAUGCACAGGUCGGCAGUUCUCAAAAGCUGAAAGCAUUUCACAAAUUAUUAAGCUGUGACAAUAAUUAAGUUUAGAGGAAAAACAAUGCCAAAAGUUUUUUUUUUUUUGACAUGACGGUUAAAACCAGAUAAAACCAUCGAUUGU